AUGCCUGAUUCCGAUGCGGGCGACGACGAUAGUCGCUCGCAAAAACGCAGCCAUGCAGACUUCGCUGAACAAGAUGGAGCCGAUUCCUCGUCGGACGAUGAUAUGGGGCCCCAGCUCCCAUCCGAAGCACCCAAGAAGAAACGCCGCGUCCUGCCCUACGAGAAGCUCUACGUCACCGCGCUACCAAAGUCAGCGCGGUAUUCAAAGUCCUUAAUGCACAAAGAGCAGUUGCUCUUCGUCACAUGGACGCCGCUGACUGAAUUCCUCAUUACAUCCUCCAUUGACGGCGUGGUCAAGUUCUGGAAGAAGAUUGCCCAGGGCAUCGAGUUUGUCAAGGAGUUCAAGGCACACAACGGCGAGAUUAAAGCCGUAUCCGUAAGCAAGGACGGUCGGAGCUUCGCAACCGCUGGUGUCGACGAGACGGUCAAAAUUUUUGAUGUCAUCACAUUUGACCUGCUGUCUAUGCUGUCUUUGGACUACGUGCCGAAAUACGUCUGCUGGGUUCAUCAGAAGGGAGCAUCGUUUCCACUGCUGGCAAUUUCAGAGGAAUCCAAGCCUCUAGUACACAUUUAUGACGGCCGCGGUGAGAGCGAGCAACCGAUACAUACCAUCAAGGGCCUGCACCGAAGCCCGGUUCAUAUCAUGGCGUUCAAUGAUUUCUACGACUGCGUUGUAUCAGCGGACGAGAACGGCAUGAUUGAAUACUGGCGACCUGGCGGAAAUUACGAAAAGCCGGGCAAUGUGUUCCAAUACAAAAGUUCGACCAAUUUGUUCGAUUUCAAGAAGGCUAAAGCGGUCCCAACAUGUCUAACAAUGUCGCCAAAUGGCAACAGCUUCGUCACCUUUUCAUUCCCGGAUCGAAAAAUUCGCAUAUUCGACUUCAGCUCCGGCAAGCUACAGCGCACGUACGAUGAGUCUCUGCAGGCUAUUGAAGAUAUGCAGCAGACGGGAUCAGCGUCCCAAAAACUAGACAGCGUCGAGUUCGGCAGGAGGCUCGCACAGGAACGAGAGGUAGACUCGCAACUGCUACGGCACAAAUCAAACGUCAUAUUUGAUGAAUCGGGGAAUUUCAUUGUGUAUGGAUCUAUGCUGGGAAUCAAGGUCCUCAAUACGUACACGAAUCACGUCAUCAAAGUUUACGGCAAGGACGAGAACUUUCGUGCAGUCAACCUCGGCUUGUACCAGGGCCAGCCGCAGAAGAAGGGCAUCGUUUCUGUCGAGAUGGGCGCGUCGAGCAAUCCCCUUCUACAAGAGGCGGAAGCCCGAGACCCGAUGCUGGUUGCCACCGGUGUCGGAAAGGUUCGCUUCUACAUGUUUACCAACGAAGAGGACGUACAGAAGGCCAGCAGAGACGUACACAAUGAGCGACCAACCAUGUUGGGGAACAAGAAGGAGGGCAAUGCUAAGGCGACAGCGACAGGGAGUGCUGCAGUCCUCCAUACCAAUUACGGGGACAUCCACAUACGCCUCUUUCCCGAAGCGGCACCGAAAACGGUGGAAAAUUUCGUCACCCACGCGAAGAACGGCUAUUACAACAACACGAUAUUUCACCGAGUAAUCAAAAAAUUCAUGAUCCAGGGGGGUGAUCCGCUAGGCGACGGUACGGGUGGCGAAAGUAUUUGGGGCAAAGAAUUCGAGGAUGAAUUCAGCAGCCUAAAGCACGACAAGCCGUUUACUGUAAGCAUGGCGAAUGCCGGGCCCAAUACCAACGGAAGCCAGUUCUUCAUCACCACGGAAAAGACGCCCUGGCUGGAUGGCAAGCAUACCAUCUUCGGACGAGCCACUCAAGGGUUCGAUGUUAUUCAGAACAUCGAAAACGUCAGGACGUACAAAGAGAAACCCGAAGAGGACAUCAAAAUCCUCAAUAUUGAUAUCAUGUAG